AUGCGGUCAGGGGACCUCGACCUAUCAGACGCCUGGUUUGAAACAGUGUGGAGAGCAGACAUAUUUACAAAGACGCUGAUUGGCUGCCUGGACCCGUUGCUGCGCUGCGUCAACGUGGCCGCCAUAUUGGAAAGGGCGGCCGGCUAUCGGCAAAAAGGCACCGGCGGUCCAGACGGGACGGGGCCGGGACCGGGAGACAACGCCCCCGCCCGGACCGCGCAUCACCUGGGGUCCUGGGACCGACCCCGAGACGGCCGAGAGACCCUUGGGGACUGCGGCCCAGAGCAGCCGGAGAGAGCAGACUCCCCUGGACCCAGCUGUGUCUCCAUGAAGAGUGACCGCUCUAUGGAACAUCCUCUUAAGUUUGAAGAUGGAAAUCAGUCAAUUGAGAAGAGAAGAGUCCAGCAGCAGAGAGCAGACUCCCCUGGACCCAGCUGUGUCUCCAUGAAGAGUGACCGCUCUAUGGAACAUCCUCUUAAGUUUGAAGAUGGAAAUCAGUCAAUUGAGAAGAGAAGAGUCCAGCAGCAGAGAGCAGACUCCCCUGGACCCAGCUGUGUCUCCAUGAAGAGUGACCGUUCUAUGGAACAUCCUCUUAAGUUUGAAGAUGGAAAUCAGUCUAUUGAGAAGAGCCCAGAGCAGCCGGAGAGAGCAGACUCCCCUGGACCCAGCUGUGUCUCCAUGAAGAGUGUCCGCUCUAUGGAACAUCCUCUUAAGUUUGAAGAUGGAAAUCAGUUAAUUGAGAAGAGCUUUUAUCAAACGUCCAUAAAUCCUGGUUCUUGUUUUUCUAGAAGAGUCCAGCAGCCGAGAGCAGACUCCCCUGGACCCAGCUGUGUCUCCAUGAAGAGUGACCACUCUAUGCAACCUCCUCCUACGUUUAAAGAUGGAAAUCAGUCUAUUGAGAAGAGCGUGAGUAAGGAGACUCUCCCGGAGGGCUGCUGCGUUCUGGACCAGUUGGAGGCUGUUGAUGGAGGUGGUGGUUAUGCCGGCGAGGAGCGAGUUGCAGUAGUCGAGGCGGGAGGAGGUGAAGGCAUGGAUGAGUCUUUCGGCAGCGUGUGGUGUUCUGCUGCUGUCAAGUGCCAAAAUAAAAUCAAGUCUCGUUUGGGGAAGAAGUUCAGGUGUGUGUUUGAGGGAAUCGCUAAAGCAGGACAGCGAACAAAUCUGAACUACUUCUACACAGAGCUCUUCAUCACAGAGAGAGGCAGUGGGGAGGUCAACCAGGAACAUGAGGUCAGACUGAUUGAAACCGCUUCCAGGAAACCAGCCAAGGAGGAAACACCAAUCAGAUGUGAGGACAUCUUUAAACCCUUUCCUGGACAAUAUAAACCAUUCCGGACAAUAAUGACAACUGGAGUGGCAGGAAUUGGUAAAACCGUCUUAACACACAAGUUCACUCUGGACUGGGCUGAAGGCAAGGCCAACCACGACAUACAAUUCACAUUUCUCCUCACUUUCAGAGAGUUGAAUUUACUGAGCAGGAAAGAGUUUAGCUUGGUGGGACUUCUUCAUCACUUCUUUAUUGAGACCAAAGAAGCAGGAAUCUGCAGAUUCGACCGGUUCCAAGUUGUCUUCAUCUUGGAUGGUCUGGAUGAGUGCCGACUUCCUUUGGACUUCCAGAGAAACCCGAUCUGGAGGGAUGUCACAAAGCCCACCACGGUGCACGUGCUGCUGACAAACCUCAUCAGGGGCGACCUGCUUCCCUCCGCUCACAUCUGGAUAACCACACGCCCUGCGGCAGCCAAUCAGAUCCCUGCUGAGUGUGUUGGUAUGGUGACAGAGGUGAGAGGGUUCACCGACCCACAGAAGGAGGAGUACUUCAGGAAGAGAUUCACAGAGGAGACACUGGCAAACACAAUCAUCUCUCACAUCAAGAAAUCACGAAGCCUCCACAUCAUGUGUCACAUCCCAGUCUUCUGUUGGAUAGCUGCAACAGUUCUGGGAGACUUCUUCAAAACAUCCCAAAUAGGAGAAGAGAUGCCCAAGACUGUGACUCAGAUGUACAGCCACUUUCUGAGGGUUCAGUCCAUACAGGGGGGCAGGAAGUAUCAUGGGAGAGCUGAAACAGAUCAAGACUGGAGUUUAGAGAGCAAGGAGAUCAUUGUUUCUCUGGGAAAACUGGCUCUUAAGCAGCUGGAGAAAGGUCACCUGAUCUUCUACGAGGAAGACCUGGCAGAGUGUGACAUCGAUAUCAGAGCAGCCUCAGUGUACUCAGGAGUGUUCACCCAGAUCUUUAAAGAGGAGUGUGGGCUGUACGAGGAAAAGGUGUUCUGCUUUGUCCAUCUGAGCAUCCAGGAGUUUCUGGCUGCCCUUUCUGUCUUUAUGUCAUUCAUCGACUCUGGGGUCAAUCUGCUCUCAGGACAACCACAAACCCAGUGGUCUGAACUCUACCAGAGUGCUGUGGACAAGGCCUUACAGAGUGAGAACGGACACCUGGACUUGUUCCUCCGUUUCCUCCUGGGUCUCUCUCUGGAGAGCAAUGUGAUUGUCCUACAAGGUUUGCUGGGAAAGACAGAAAGUAGCUCACAGACCAGUAAGGACACGGUGUCUUACAUCAAGACGAAGAUAGGGGAAAAUCCCUCUACAGAGGGAAGCAUCAAUCUAUUCCACUGUCUGAAUGAGCUGAAUGACCGUUCUCUAGUGGAGGAGAUCCAACAGUACCUGACAUCAGGAAGACUCUCCGAAAAAUCUCUCUCUCCUUCUCAGUGGUCAGCUCUGGUCUUCCUCUUACUGUCGUCAGAAGAGGAGCUGGACGUGUUUGACCUGAAGAAAUACUAUGCUUCAGAUGAGGGUCUUCUGAGGCUGCUGCCAGUGGUCAAAGCCUCCAAAAGAUCUCUGCUGAAUGAUUGUCAUCUGUCAGAGAGAUGCUGUGAAGCUCUGGCCACAGUUCUCAGCACCAACUCCUCUAGUCUGAGAGAGCUGGACCUGAGCUUCAAUGAUCUGCAGGAUUCAGGAGUGAAGCUGCUCUCUGCUGGACUGGGGAGUCCACACUGUACACUGGAAACUCUCAGGCUGAGUGGCUGUAAUCUGUCAGAGGAAUGCUGUGAAGCUCUGGCCUCAGUUCUCAGCUCCAACUCCUCUAGUCUGAGAGAGCUGGACCUGAGUACCAAUGAUCUGCAGGAUUCAGGGGUGAAGCUGCUCUCUGCUGGACUGGGGAGUCCACACUGUACACUGGAAACUCUCAGGCUGAAUGGCUGUCAGCUGUCAGAGAGAUGCUGUGAAGCUCUGGCCUCAGUUCUCAGCUCCAACUCCUCUAGUCUGAGAGAGCUGGACCUGAGUACCAAUGAUCUGCAGGAUUCAGGGGUGAAGCUGCUCUCUGCUGGACUGGGAAGUCAACACUGUACACUGGAAACUCUCAGAUUGUCUGGCUGCCUGGUCACACAGGAAGGCUGUGCUUCUUUGGCCUCAGCUCUGAGCUCCAACCCCUCCCAUCUGAGAGAGCUGGACCUGAGCUACAAUCACCCAGGAGACCCUGGAGCUGCGCUGCUCUCUGCUGGACUGGAGGAUCCACGCUGGAGACUGGACACUCUCAGUGUGGAGCACGGAGGAGUGAGGAAGCUGAAACCAGGUUUAAAGAAGUAUGCCUGUGAACUCACACUGGACCCGAACACAGCCAACAGAAAUCUCUCUCUGUCUGAGGACAACAGAAAGGUGACGCUGGUUGGAGAGGACCAGUCGUAUCCGGAUCGCCCAGAGAGAUUUGACAGCUGGGACCAGGUUUUGUGUCAAGAGGCUCUGACUGGCCGCUGUUACUGGGAGGUAGAGAGGAAGGGAGGGUUUUAUAUAGGAGUGACAUACAGAGGAGUCACGAGGAGAGGACGGGGUGGUGACAGCCUGCUUGGAUUGAACAACAAGUCCUGGAGGCUUGAGUGUCAUGAUGGUGGUUACUCUGCCUGGUACAACGAUAGUAGAACAGCCAUACGUCUCCCCCCCCCUGACUCCACCAGAGUAGGAGUGUAUCUGGACCGGCCUGCUGGCUCUCUGUCCUUCUACAGAGUGUCCCCAGGUGGAGGAGGGUCCUCAGACACACUGACACACAUCCACACCUUCCAGACCACCUUCAGCCAGGGGGACCUCCUCCCUGGGAUUGGGUUCUGGGCGCGUGAGGCCUCAGCGUCUCUAUGUAAGCUAUAG